GUCACUUUUGCCGCUUCGUUUUUUUCUGCUUUCGCGUCCUCCGUAAAAGUGUUUUGCGAAGUGAUUUCCAACUUUUCUAGAUUAAUUUUUAGUAGCGUGUUUUACAAGAACAUCUCAAACGAUGGCAGAAGAGGAGCAGAUGCCCAUAAUUCCCGUGAAGGAACCGCUAGACCUCAUCCGCCUCAGCUUAGACGAGAAAAUCUACGUUAAAAUGCGCAACGAGCGUGAGCUUCGCGGACGGCUUCAUGCCUUUGAUCAACAUCUCAAUAUGGUGCUGGGCGAUGCGGAAGAAACGGUCACGACGGUCGAAAUCGACGAGGAAACCUACGAGGAAGUGUACAAAACGACAAAACGCACCAUUCCGAUGCUGUUCGUGCGUGGUGAUGGCGUGAUACUCGUGUCCCCUCCGAUGCGAGUAGGUAGUUAAACAUCCGACGGCAUGUAAAUGAUAAAAAAGAUUGCGAAUACACGAGUGUACGUGGUGUGAUGGAGCGGAAAGGAAAUCCUGCCCAAAAU